AUGCUCCGCCUCUUUCGCAGAGCAGUAAUCUCAUAUCUAUCUCUUGGUGUCACAGUUUCUGCCAACCCAAAUUGCAAGAUCUCCCCCAAUGACUUGACCUGGCCAUCCGUCGACGAAUGGCAUGCACUCAACCAGACUUUACAGGGAGCGCUGAUCAAAACUGCUCCUGCAGCUUCAUCAUGCUACCCCGGUAAUCCAUACCAUUCAUCAGAAAAUUGCACAGAUGUGAAGAAUCAUUGGACCUAUGCUUCAUAUCACUCCGCCUGGCCCGAGACGACUGGAUACACCAAGGAUCGGGGAUGCUCGGUCGGUGGUCUUCCACAGUACAUUGUCAAUGCCACUACGGAAAAGCAGAUUGCCAUUGCGAUGAAAUGGGCGUCUCAGCGCAAUAUCCGCGUUACCGUGAAGGGAACUGGACAUGAUCUCAAUGGCCGAGCUAUCGUGGGUGGUGAAGAUUCUACUGUUGGCCUGGGUGGCUUGAUCCAGAACGGUGGUCACGGGUGGCUGUCAAGCCAUUAUGGUCUUGCAUCAGACCAAGUAUACCAAGUCACUGUGAUCACGACUGAUGGCCGCCGUCUCGUUGCGAACGCUGCCCAGAACCAAGAUCUGUUCUGGGCUGUUCGUGGUGGUGGUGGAGGGCAGUUCGGUGUUGUGACAGAGUUUGUUCUGAAAACACACCCCGUCCCCGAAAAUAUGGUGACUGGAGGUGUCGCUUUCUAUGCCGCCGAUCAGUCCAACGCGAGCGCAACUGCAUCUUGGAAUGCCUUGGCCCAUGUAGUUUCUCUCAUUCCCGAGAUCAUGGAUACUGGUCUCACGGGCAGUAUAACUGCUCUGACGAAAGAAAAGGUUGUGACAUUGUUGGGUUUGUCACAGAGUGUCCCUGGAGCCGCCGCCUCCAUCAGCUUGACCGGUUUCAACAUGACUACCGCUCAGAUGAAUGUGACAAUCAAUAAGCUGGCAGAUCAGAUCAGGAACGCCACCCACGGCAACUAUUUGAAUCUCACUCUGACCGCACCCACGACCAAGAGCUAUUACACCCACUCUGGCUCCACCCAACAAGCCGGCGCCGUCAGCCUGCUCACAAGCCGUCUCCUAGGCCGACGUGAGCUUUCCGACAUUGCAAAAGAGGACCUUAUCACAUUCCUUCAACGGAUACUCGUCGCUGAAGACUCUGCCGCCGGGUCAAUGCUUCUCUUCGGUCUGCAAGCUGGUCUCGGACCUGCUAACGUUCCGGAACAAAUGCGAGGAAGUGUCCUCCCAGCUUGGCGGGAGGCCUAUACCCAUGUCAUGACCUACGGGCCGACGAUAAACGCGACUAGCGACCCAAGCGAAGCCCUCAAGAGUGGUGCCGAGUGGUACGAGGCAGUGAAAGAGCCUGUUUGGAGAGAAUGGGCGCCUAAUACCGGUGCCUACAUGAACGAAGGAAAUCCUUUCAGUACUACCUGGAAGCGCGAUUUCUACGGUGACAACUAUGAGAAGCUUCUUGAGAUCAAGCGCAAGUAUGACCCAAGUGAGAGUCUUUACACUUGGGGUGGGCUUGGCAGUGACAUGUGGAACUAUGAUUUGAGAAGCGGGCUCUUGUGUCGGACAGCAGCUUGA